UAAACUUUUCCUUCCUGAAGAUCUUCUGCGAGUGAUAACUAUUGAAAAUUUUGUUUUGAGGUGUUCCGAUUUAUUAUUUAUGAAUGUUUUCAUGUUCCAUAUAUAGAAGGAAAGAAAGGAAGACACAAAAAUGAACUGAAAUUUGAAGUGAUAGCAUGUUUUGUAUUUUAAUGAAUAGUAUCAGUAUUCAGUGGUAUUACACUUUGGUAAAGUAAAAUGAAGAUCAAUGAGAAGAAUUUGAUUAAUUUUGCUGUAUCAAAGGCUUGUAUAGACAGGGAAGGUUGGUUGGGAAAAAGAGGUGAAGUUAAUAAAAGUUUUCAGAAAAGAUGGUUUGUUUUAAAAGGUAAUCUUUUGUUUUAUUUUGAGAAGAAAGAUGACAAAGAACCAGUUGGAUUAGUGAUUUUGGAAGGUUGUACUGUAGAAUUAGCUGAAAAUGAAGAAACAUAUGCUUUUAAACUUGUCUUUCAUGGAGCUGGAAAUAGAACAUAUAUUUUAUGUGCCAAUAGUCAGGAAAAUAUGGAACAAUGGAUGAAGGCACUUGCUUCAGCAAGUUAUGAUUAUAUCAAAUUGAUGGUAGCAGAGCUUCAACGACAGUUAGAUGAAAUUAUGGAAUUGGAAAAGCAAGCUGUAUCAUCUGUGCCAAACCGUCUGAAAGCUAGUGGGCUUCCAACAAAUAGAUCUGAUGGUUGUCUUUUUGGGCACGCUGCCGGUGGUGGACGUGCUCCUAGAUUCAAUCCAUUUGAUAAAUGGAAGGCUGAAGCUGAUGCAGAGGGUAGCCGUUCAGCUGGUGCGGGUUCUGCUAUUACAGCAGCAGCAUCUGAAGAUGAUUUGCUUCAUCAUGGUGCUGGAGCACGUUUGAAAGGAACUAGACAAAGGUAUCUUUUUAUAGAACUUCAUGAAUAUUAUGGCCAAAUUUUCCGACGACUUUUUGAAGAACAGAAGAAGAAACGAGCUGCUUUACAACCAAAAUCUGAACAAGACCUGAUAAGCUUUAUUUAAUUUUAUUAAAAUACUUGCUUAAAAUUAAAAAGGAAACAUAUAAAAAUAUUUCUUAAUUUUAUAUUUCUUUAACAAAAGUAAUAUUGAAACAUUUGUAAAGAAGUUGUACAUGUUUUGUAAAUUAUAUUCACAUUUUAUAAUUUUAUUAUUAAAUAAUAUAUGCAGAUUAUAUAUAAUUCAGAUUUAUUAUUUUUUCUGAUUUUUUAAUAUGUUACAUGUGGUAAUAAAUCCUCUGUGUAUUUAAAUGCUAAA